CUUAGGGCUGAGGGCGCGCCGGGGCGCCCCCACAUUAGGGGCUCGGGGGCGCGCCGGGACACCCUCCUGAAGGGCUCUGGGCCGUCCCGGGACACGUCCCCCAGUUAAGGGUCAGGGGCGCGCCGGGACCCCCCCUUAGGGCUCGGAGGCGCGCUGGGACACCCCAACCCCAGGUGGGGCUCGGAGGCGCGCCGGAACCCCUCCGCUUAGGGCUGGGGGUCCAGGAGCAUCCUGAGAGGCUCGUUUUCUCACAAGCGACAGUCGUGGGGUCAGCGGAGUGACAGGCAGCUUCGCCGUGGGGCUGCCCUCGCCGCUGAACCCCAAACCCCCUCAGCGCCGGCGGGCCCAGACACAGGCAGAGCCGGAGGCGACCGGGCUGAGGCGGGGACCCAGCUCGAGCACGUCGCCCAGCCGGUCCCGGGGUCGCGCUACCGCGCGCGCUCGCCCACCCUCCGGAACCGAAGUGCGGGGGAAGGCGGGGCCGGGGGGGCGCCUUGCCGGAGACGGACCCUGGGCCGGAAGUGACGGAAGCGGCUGCAACUGGUGGUGGUGGUGCUGGUGCUGUGGGCGGUGCUCGCUGCCAUGGCGCACAUCACCAUUAACCAGUACCUGCAGCAGGUGUACGAAGCGAUCGACACCAGAGAUGGAGCAUCUUGUGCAGAGCUGGUGUCUUUCAAGCAUCCUCAUGUUGCAAACCCGCGGCUUCAAAUGGCCUCUCCGGAAGAGAAGUGUCAGCAGGUUUUGGAACCCCCUUACGAUGAGAUGUUCGCAGCUCAUUUAAGGUGCACGUUUGCGGUGGGGAACCACGACUUCGUAGAGGCCUACAAGUGCCAGACCGUGAUAGUCCAAUCAUUCCUCCGGGCAUUCCAGGCCCACAAAGAAGAAAACUGGGCUCUGCCAGUCAUGUAUGCGGUAGCGCUAGACCUUCGAGUAUUUGCCAAUAACGCAGAUCAGCAGUUGGUGAAGAAAGGAAAAAGCAAAGCUGGGGACAUGCUGGAGAAGGCCGCGGAGCUGCUGAUGAGCUGCUUCCGUGUCUGCGCCAGUGACACUCGUGCUGGUAUAGAGGACUCUAAGAAGUGGGGAAUGCUGUUUCUGGUGAAUCAGUUAUUUAAAAUUUACUUUAAGAUCAACAAGCUCCAUCUGUGCAAACCACUGAUCCGGGCGAUCGACAGCUCCAACCUGAAGGACGACUACAGCACCGCACAGAGGGUCACCUACAAGUACUACGUCGGGCGCAAGGCCAUGUUUGAUAGCGACUUUAAGCAAGCCGAGGAGUACCUGUCGUUCGCCUUUGAGCACUGCCACCGCCUGAGCCAGAAGAACAAAAGGAUGAUUCUGAUAUAUUUGCUUCCAGUGAAAAUGCUACUGGGUCAUAUGCCAACAAUUGAGCUCUUGAAAAAGUACCAUCUCAUGCAGUUUGCUGAGGUAACCAAAGCCGUAAGCGAAGGCAACCUGCUCCUGCUGACCGAGGCGCUGGCCAAGCACGAGACGUUUUUCAUUCGCUGUGGUAUUUUCCUUAUCCUCGAAAAACUGAAGAUCAUCACCUACAGAAACCUCUUUAAGAAAGUGUAUUUGCUGCUCAGAACACACCAGCUGUCCCUGGACGCCUUCCUGGUAGCCUUGAGGCUCAUGCAGGUGGAGGACGUGGACAUCGACGAAGUGCAGUGCAUCCUGGCCAACCUGAUAUACAUGGGUCACAUUAAGGGCUACAUAUCGCACCAGCACCAGAAGCUGGUGGUCAGCAAGCAGAACCCCUUCCCGCCACUGUCCACGGCCCCGUGGUGCCGCGACGCUGGGAACCCUGAGUGUGCCCGCACACCCACGCAUCUCCACCCUCCUUCGUUAUUCGUAAGGGAUGCCAACCUCACGGAGGCCUGGAACUCUUUCCUCAGAAAAUGCAAACGCCUCUGCAGCUUGGAGAAGGCGGCUUUGUGUGAAGGCGGCUCCGGUUUACUUUUCCUAAGUGUUGUUCCCAGUUGCAGCUCUUUCUAUAAAAAAGAUUUUAUAGCUUGCCUGUAGAGAUGCCCCUUAAUUUACGAGGGGGUCACAUUCAGGAACCCUCUGCAAGUUGAAAGCACCGUAGGUCGAAGAUGCAUCUGUGCACUGAGUACUGCACAAGGCAGCUUCGCCCAGCCUGUCUGAGACGCGCUUGGAACACGGUGUCAGCUGCAGCUGGGCAGAAUCACCCGGCACAGGCCUGUCUCCAACAAGGUGCUGAGUGUCUCCUGGAAUUUUCUGGCUGCUGUGCCGAGGGCGGGCAACAGCGGCUGCGUGGUGCUCGAAGCACGGUUCCUGCUGAACCUGUGGCUUUUACUUUCUCACCAUCGUAAAGUCUGGGACAGUGUGGGCCAGCUCAGGCUGCUAAGCGAAUGCCACCAGCUGAUCGGCUUGGACAAGAAGCUCUGACCUCCCGGCUGCAGAGGCCGGGGUCCGACUGAGGCAGGCUGCCAGGCGCUGGGCUCUGGCGAGGGCCCUCUCGUGGGCUGCACUGCUGAAACACAGCAUGCAACUGGGAUGUUCGCGUUGUGAUAAACAGCAAUGUACUGCUCACAGUUCUGCAGCCCGGGGGGUCCAAGAUCAAGACCCCGGUAGAUUCAGUGUCUGGUGACAGCCGCAAUGACAGAUGGUGCCACCCGUCCUCGUCUGUGCUGGCUCCCUCCACCUAUCCUGGAAGGGCCCAGCCUCACACAGCCUCGCUGGGGUGAGGUCUCAACACAUGAAUUCGGGGGCAAAGACAGACCACCGCAGUGACUACUGUUGCACACGGUGGCUUAGUUUUCUCAUUUGUCAUCGCAAAGAUAAUCACUGCCAGAUCGUACGGCAGUGAAUCCUCCAGGCAUUGGGAAUCUCCCCACGCUCGCCCUCCUGAGCUCUGUGUGAAAUAAUCGUCCGUCUCCCGGGAGAGACAAGCACCUGGGGCGAGGGACUUUCUGCACCACUGUGCCAACCUCCUCCCUCCAGGGCCCCCACUGUUGGGGUGUCCUCUGUGGAAUUUCCCCAGCAAAAUCUAGGACCCCCCCAAACAGCUCUGUGCAGAACCAGACAUGAGCCCGUGUACAACCCGGCCAUUUACCUCUCAGGUCUGACUGCAUUCCCCGUGUGAUCGCAUGUUCAGUCAACUCACGUCUAUGAGGUUGGGCUUCUCACAGCAGCCGUGUCCCAGUGGCACCUGGACCUGGUCAGGUUCCUCCUGAAAAGGUUUGUGGUUUUGUCAUGCCUGGGGGGCACUGCCACCCCGAAGCCACUUCAGGUGAAUUCGCUGUGUGAGUCUGGGGGCCUAUGUGGGUAGCGUGGGUUCAUCACAAAGCUGGGUGGGUUUCUGGGGCCCGCGGCUCCAAUUCUUAGAGACCGUCCCCGCCCUGCCUCCAAGGCUGAAGUGACACUGGCUGAUGCAGGCAUGUGUUCUUUCGUGGAGGUUCCUCAGAUAGUGGCAUGUCUCGCAAACUCGUCCUUUAUCCCGAAGUAACGAGCCCACUCCCGAUGCCAGCAUCAACCGUUCCCAAGGGCAGAGCCCUCCCCACCUGCUCGCCUCUCCGCACUGUUGCCCUGGCGUGGAGUUUCCAGCGUGUGAACUUUGGGGACACGCUCAGACCACAGCACAUGCCCCGACGUCCACGUUGAGGACCGAGUGGCAUGUGACCACCUGGAGCCCAACUUCCCUAAGAUCCCUGGAGACAGGAAAGAGGAGACACAGGUGACAUGGCCGUGGCCAGGCCCCAGAAUCUCAAACUUACCCGAAUGGACCGGUGCACUCGAGAACAGUCGCGCAUCCAUGGGUUCCUCAGGGCUUGGGGGACGCCAGCGCCUUUCUGGACCUUCCUCCUGGAUCAGGGACCUUCUGGGGCAGGAAAGACAUGGAAGAACGGCCCCCCCCAAAUCUAGCCUCACCCGAGCGGAGCAGGACACCUGCCUCACUGGCGCCACCGUGUGGAGAGUCCUUGGUGGGGUUCAGGCUCCCUCCUGAGCCCGAGGUGCAGGGCUGUGGUCUGGGGUAUUUUAAUUUCUUUGAGGUCAUUGGCAAUUUUUAAGAAGCAAAGUAUAUUUUUAUUGUGGUAAAAUAUAUGUAACAUAAAACUUA